AUGGACGCUUCGGUGAGGGGAAGUCCAAAGGCUGAGGACUACAGGGUCCCAGACUGUGUUCUGCAGCUCAUUCAGGAGCGGCCGCAUGGAGGCAAAGUGCGCCCCAAGUACGUGCCUCCAGAACCCUCUGGGUGGUCGGUAGUGGACACUUCAAGACUAGUCUCUGUAUUGCAAGCUGCUCCUUCAGAACGUGAUGCUGCCACUGCUCUUCUGGACCUAGCCUCGGUGUCUGGACCAGAGCCGCUUGGAGAGAGGUCUGAGUGGGCGCGCGCUGCUGCCAGAAGGACGAUUGUGGCCGGGGGUUUGGGGAACGGAGCGGUGUCUGGCUGGCAGGUCAAGCAGCAUCGGCAGCAUACUGUCAUACGUCAGAAAGUUAAGGCAGCUGCCACAGAGGCGCGGCUACAAAGCAGUGGCGAUCCCUCCAUUGCCCCCCCUCAGCCCCCAGCCAGCAAAGUCUUCGUAGCAAACUUUGUGGGUAAACAGCCGCCCCUCUCGUCCGGGUUUGGUCUGUCAAUGGCAAGGUCGUUCGAUUGGAUUCCGACGGAGGAAGAAGGACCCCUGGAAGUCGAGGGGUCAGAACUCGUCACUAGCCCUGAUGUUAUGAUUCCAAUCAAACCUGCAAAGCCGAAACGGAGGGGAGCCCAGGGGCAAAAAGGCGGGGGAGACUGCCAACGGAGCCGAAGCCCGCAGCAGAAGCGAACGUCGUCUGAGGUUGUGGUGGUUCCAUGGUCUAUCACUGCUCAACAAGGCCGCAUUGAAACAAUCGCAAACGACAAGCCUCGGAAGUGCUGGGUCUAGGUAACGAUUGAAACGUCGACCAAGCGUUCGCUCGAUUGCGGAUUCGAAUGAUCAAUUGGAAAUUUGUGAUUGGAAAUUUGUUGCGGCAAGUCAAGAAAGUCAAAUAUUCUCGCUCAUGACCACUUCCCUUUGUAGAUUAAUUUUAAGAAUUGGUCGCCGACAGCCAGAUUCGAUUCUUGGGUCCAUUCAUCGCGUACAAGCAACGCUUUCACUCCGUUUAGUACUAGCUCCGCAAGCCCUUGUACGAUAGUUUUCAACGGCAUGCAACAUAGCACAGACGCCAUCAAAUUAUGUACGACUCCGAU